CCAAAAAAAAAAAACAAGACAUAGAAGAGUCUGAAGAUGAAAGCAAAAGCCUUUCGCAGUCGUAAUCGAAACGCCAAAUCAUUACCGUUCAACUGAAAUCCAACAGCUCUCCCUCUCUCUCUUAUUAGAAUGGAGAAAGAAGGUGGUGGAUUUGAAGGAGACAAUAUGAAAAAAAAGAAUACAGUUGGUGAUGGUUUUCUUGGCGGUUUUUUUCCUGUCUCUACCACCAAGAUCGCGUGGAAAUCAAGAAAAAGAUCAGCAUCGGUGAACCCAGACAAGGCACGGGAAGAUGCUAUGGAGGUCACACCAGAGAAGGAUGAGUCAACAACAAAAACAAUGGAAACCGAUAAAGCUGGGGAACCAAUGACCACAACUCCUCCUGUUCUGUCCGAGAAAAGAAAAGCUCUGUUCGAGCCACUCGAACCCAUCACAAACUUGAACGGAAAGCGACCAACAACAGAUGCUGAUUCGCUCUUGCCACCGCCAGAUUUCGAGUCUGCAAAGUACCCGAAAGGCUGGUUGAUUGGUAAGAAGAGGAAGCUGGUGAAUGUUGAUGUUGUUGAGAGCAUGCGAAGAAUCGCUGUCCAAGAAAUGAACAGAAAGGAUCGAGAGAUAGAUGGGUUGAACGAACAGCUAGAAGAGGACUCACGUUGCUUAGAGCAUCUGCAACUUCAGCUGCUACAAGAGAGAAGCAAGAGAACAGAGAUUGAAAGAGAGAACACAAUGUUGAAAGAGCAAGUAGAUAUGCUUGUCAACAUGAUACACCAAGAAGACGAAGAAGUAGCAGAAGAACCAUAGCUAGUAGUAUGUUGUCAUAUCUACGUCCCCGUCUACCUAUAAAUAGCUCUGCUCUGUUUGUUUAUUCAUUUGUCCAUAAAGAUGUAAGGAAGAAAGAAAGCUUUACUACCAUCUAUUUAUCUGGUUAAGCUACUGUUGUUUCCUCCUCUGUUAGAACAAAUAAGAAUCAACAACAUUAUAUAUCUAUAUAUUCCACUUCUUGUUC